CUGUAUCUCUGUGACAUUUCAGUGGGCUCUUUAAGAGGAGAGCCGCUCUGCGAUCUGCUGAUCUGUCAGCAGGCGCGGUGCCGCCCUCCCCGCGCUCACUCUGCUGCUGCACCUCCGGAGACUGACAAACACCCGGCCGGUGCACCCAGGACCUCACUCUAUCUUGAAGCAGCCAGCAGAUCAUACGUGGAUAGGAUAUUCGAUCGUCAUGGAUAAUCGAUAAUUGAAGCUAAAAUGCGCCGUGCCCACCGUCCCUGUCAUCCCGGGCUAUGCAGGUGUAAAGGGUAACCAGACUGGGGAGGGACACACGGCCACGCUUUAUCAUACAUGUUUGAUGUGCAGCCAUGACAUGUUCUAACGCUUUGGGAUGGACUUCUGCUGGCACGCGCCUUUAGUUGGAGUCAUCGCGUUUGCCCUCUUUGCUGGUUUGGCUGGUUCAGCUGGUUUGGCGGGUGGAAGGAAGAAAGCAGCAGCAGCAGUUUGAUCAAACGCUGGGGCUCAGUAUGUCCUCCGUGGUGGUGUCCGGGGUGAGUGAGCUGAGCCUGGGCGAGCUGCCCAUGGAGAGCUGGAUGUCUCACCUGCCAUGCGCUCUGUGGGACACCCCCCUGUACCAGCUGGCCAUCCCGGGCAGCCACAAUGCAAUAACCUACUGUCUGGAUAUGAAUGACCGAUCCCCUGUGGACCUCACCCAGCCAGACAUGCUUCAAAAGCUGGACAAAUACAUGAAGCCUCUUAUUCGCCCCUUUGUGUACAAGUGGGCGAUAACCCAGGAGUACACUAUAAAGCAACAGCUGGACUGUGGGGUCAGAUACUGUGACUUGAGAAUUGCACACAGGCCCAAUGACAGCUCCACUGAUUUGUACUUCUACCACGGUGUUUACACCACGCUCACUGUGGAGACUGUUCUAAUGGAGAUACGAGAGUGGCUGGAUGCUCAUCCCAAAGAGGUGGUCAUCCUCUCCUUCAGCCACUUCCUCGGCCUGAGCCAGGAGCUCCAUACGCUGCUGCUCACCACCAUACGCAACGUAUUCACCUCCAAACUCUGUCCCAAAAUGGAAGUGUUAACUCUUCGAAACCUGUGGGCUUUAGGCUACCAAGUGAUGGUGUCCUAUGAACACAAUAUCGCCAGCUGCCACAGCGACCUGUGGCCACAUAUUCCUUACUGGUGGGCCAAUAAAUGCAAAGCUGAGGCUCUUAUCGAAGACUUUGAACACCGGAAACAACAUGGCAGACCAGGAGGUUUUUUCGUCACAGGAAUGAAUCUGACCGAGGACCUGAAAUACAUCUGCACACACCCGACAGAGUCCCUGAAGGACUUGGUGAUGUCCACGUAUCCGACACUGCUCAGCUGGGUUAAAGAGCAGACUCCUGGCUCCAAAGUCGGCUCUCUCAACAUCAUUGCUGGGGACUUUAUUGCAGAGAGCCAGUUUGUUCCGACUGUCGUUACACUGAAUGAGAAACUACUGAAAUGGCCCUCAUGACUUCUCACCAAUUUGAGUUAUUCUACAAAAAAAA